AUGCCUAAGUAUGCUAAAUUUCUUAAAGAUCUUUUGAAGCGUAAGGAGAGAAUUGGUGAGCUUUCGAAUAUUCCGUUGACAGGAGGUUGUUUCGCGGUAGUCUUGAAUAAGCUACUAGAGAAGUUAACCGAUCCUGGUACAUUUACUAUCCCAUGCCUUUUUGGGGGAGCCGUUACCCUUGCCCAUGUUCUAGCCGAUUUAGGAGCCAGCAUCAAUCUGAUUCCAUUUUCGUUGUACGAGAGGCUAGGUUUAGGAGAGCUUACACCCAUGCGCAUGUCGUUGUCCUUGGCUGAUCGUUCAGUCAAGUAUCCUCGUGGGAUAGUUGAAAAUCUGUUGGUGAAAGUUGAUAAAUUCGUGUUUCCUGUGGAUUUCGUCGUUCUUGAUAUGGAGGCCGAUGAAAGAGUUCCUAUUAUUUUGGGCCGUCCAUUCCUUAGAACUGCAAAAGCGAUCAUCGACGUCUUUGAUGGUAAGAUUUCUCUCCGUGCGGGUGACGAGAUUGUCACAUUCGAGAUUGAUAGAGCGAUGCGUAGGGCCGAUUUAGUAGGCGAGGGAGUUGUUGAUGAGCUUGAUGUAGAAGAGGUUGAGGAGGAGCAGUUUGAUGAGAGCAGUGAUGUGUGGGUUCCAGAUAUGUUGGAACUUAACGAGAUUAGUGAUGAGAGUACUCCUGCUGACAUUCCACCGCCUUUAGAACUGAAGGUUCUUCCAUCACAUCUUGAGUACAUGUAA